AUGAAUGUUAGUUUGCCUUUUCAUGUAACUCCAUUAUCCACCACCAACCCUACUGAACUGAAAAUAAGAGCCAUCACAAAAUGGGUUGUUCAAGGAGCACUCAAUGUAGACAUUGGUGCUAACCCUUCUGCAGAAGGUGGGGACGAGGAUGAGGGAGUUGGUGAUCAAGCUGUCAAAGUCGUUGACAUUGUUGACACUUUUAGGCUUCAGGAACAACCAUCCUUUGAUAAGAAGCAAUUUAUUGCUUAUAUGAAGAGAUAUAUUAAGUUGCUGACGGCCAAAUUAGAGGGAGAGAAGCAAGAGUUGUUCAAGAAGCACAUUGAGGGAGCAACUAAGUCCCUCAUAUCAAAGCUGAAAGACCUCCAAUUUUAUGUGCUUCAUCUUUUCUUUGGUUAUAUAUUGGUUUUGUGGGGGAGAGCAUGCACGAUGAUGGAAGCCUUGUCUUUGCUUACUACAGGGAAGGUGUUACUGAUCCAACUUUUAUCUACUUUGCCUAUGGAUGGAAGGAAAUCAAGUGCUGAGCACAUGCAAUGCAGGCCCCGUAGUUAUCUUAUCUGAGCUGAAAAACUCUGUCCUUAAUUUUAGUUCUUUUGUUUUGGGUUUUGGUUAUGUUAUAAGGAGUUUUUUUUUUAUUUAAUUUCUAUGCGUUUUUAUGUUGGUUGCUAUGAGAGGAACAUGUUACAAUAUAAGUAAUAAUUUAGAAGAGGGAGAGAAUUAUUUGAAGUA